UUCUCCAUGGUAACCGUGCCAUCAACGAUACAAACAGAACCUCACUUGUACUCGAAUGUUCUUUCACGAGUGACAACAACAAACCCACGUUUCGAGAUGCAGUUAAAAUAUUUGCAGAACAUUUUAGAAGCACAGGAAGGCGAAUAUAAGAUUGUUUCGUUGGUCUGGUCUUCAAAUAAUAAGAAGCUAGCUGUCGCAACUUCGGAGCGACAAGUGAUUCUGUUCGACGAUGAGGGUGAAAGACGCGACAGGUUUUCGACGAAGCCAGCUGACUCGGAAGCGGGAAAGAAAUCGUACGUUAUUAAAGGGCUCGCCUUCAGCCCCGACUCUAUAAAACUGGCCGUCGCGCAGAGCGACAACAUCGUCUACGUUUAUAAAAUCGGUGAAAACUGGGGCGAAAAGAAGGCGAUUUGCAACAAAUUCCCGCAGCCAUCGCCGGUCACUACCAUCGUAUGGUUAUCAACCGGUCCGAUUAUCUGCGGCCUCCUGGAUGGUAAAGUUCGAGCCUUGCAGCCCAAAUCUAAUAAAUCGCACACUCUGUAUGGAAGCGAAAGCUUAGUGGUCUCGCUGGUUCCUAAUUCCAUUGGAACCGGUUUCAUCUCCGGACACGUGGAUUGUUCGGUUAUCAGGUUUUUCGUAACCGAGAGGAACGAGGAGGACGAGCCCCAAGGGAGGAUCCUCACGCACUCCGUUCCACCUUACGCCCUUGCUUGGGUACAGAACUUCGUAUUCGCGGCCGGAUGCGAUAAGAGGAUUGUAGUUUAUAACAACAGCGGGAGAAUCGUCAAACAGUUCGAUUACACAAAAGAUCAAAGCGAAUUUGAAUUUACUGCUGCCUGUUCUAGCCCCAGCGGACAGGCGGUUUCAAUUGGGAGUUAUGACAAAUUGCGAGUUUUUGCUUGGAAUCCUGCCGUUUCCGUUUGGGAAGAAUCGCCUACAAAGACAAUUGAAAACAUGUACUCAGUUACGGCAUUAUCGUGGAAGAAUGAUGGCUCGAAGUUGGCUUGUGGUUCUUACAAUGGUUGUGUUUUCCUCUUCGAAUCCGUCCUAAAGAGGACUGUGUGGAAAGAUAAGUUGGAGAUAACUUACGUUGGUCCCAGUCAGGUGUUGGUUAGAAGCCUCGAAGAUGAAAGCAAGAGUUUAGUCUUGAAGUCUGAUUACGGCAAAGAAAUCGAAGAUCUGAAAGUAAUGGGCAGAGAUAAUUUCAUUGUUGCCAGGACAAGAGGAACUCUAUUAGUAGCUGAUAUAAUAAGGAAUUUAAUGAGUGAAGUUUCGUGGAAUAAUUCAGGUAAAAAUGAGAAGUUCUAUUUUGAAAAUCAGUCGGCGUGUUUGGUGUUUAAUGCGGGUGAGCUGAGUCUAAUAGAGUACGGAUGUAACGAGGUCCUGGCUUCGGUUCGAACGGAAUUCGCGAAUCCUCAUUUAAUCAGCGUGCGUUUGAACGAGCGCACAGCAACCUCGGAUAACAAAAAGCUGGCCUAUCUGCUGGAUUUGAAAACUAUUUGCAUUAUCGAUCUGGUUUAUAACGUGGGCAUCUCACAGAUUAACCACGAAUCGAAAAUUGAUUGGCUCGAGCUGAACGAAACGUGUCAUAAGCUUCUCUUCAGGGAUAUCAAGCAGAGGUUGUUGCUGGUCGACGUAACAAGUGGGAGUAAGGCGUGCAUUUAUAGCGACGUGACCUUCGUGCAAUGGGUCGAGAGUAGCGAUGUUGCGAUUGCACAGUCUGGCACAACUUUGGCCGUUUGGUAUAAUAUCGAUCUGCCGGAGAGACCAACGAUUCUAAAUGUUAAAGGUGAAGUUGUGGAUAUCGUUCGGUAUAAUGGGAAGACGGAAGUUUGCUCGAUCGAUGGAAACGCGAGUUUAACUUUUGAUCUGGAUGAGGGACUGGUCGAGUUUGGUACCGCGAUCCAUGACAACGAUUACGGAAGGGCCGUUCUCUUCUUGGAAUCUAUAGGGACGUCCGCUGAGGCCGAGGCAAUGUGGUGCAACUUGACUAACAUUGCUAUAAAGCAACAUAAUCUCAAUUUGAUUGAUCGUUGCUACGCGGCUUUAGGGAAUAUUUCGAAGGUCUUCUGCAUUCAGAAUAUAAAUGAUGAAAUGGAGAACGGCGAGGACUACGAUCAAAAUGUUUGGGCUAAGUUGUCCGUUAUUAAUGGCGAUCUGGAAACUGCUGAAAAUAUUUACUUAGAGCAGGGAGAUUUGGAAGCUGCUCUCAAUAUGUACAAGAAACUUCAUAAAUGGGAAGAUGCUAUUAGGAUUGCACAAAAGAGAGGAUAUAAUAAACUUCAGGAGUUACGAGACGAAUACAUGAGUUUGCUGUUGAAGACGGGUCAAUUUGAAAAAGCUGGUCAAAGUUUAGAAUCGGAUGGGGAUUAUGAUAGAGCGUUGGCGAUGUAUAUGAAAUCGAACCGUUUAGUAAAAGUAGCCAAUUUACUGCUAUCUCAUUCGGAUUUAAUGGAGGAUCAUAAUCUGGUGAGCAGCGUUUUGAAGAAGCUCAUCAAACAGGAACUUUACGAGCCGGCCGCUGAGAUUUACGUGAAGUACGAUAAACCGGAUAUAGCGAUGGAGUGUUAUAGAAAAGGAAAAGUUUGGAAUAAAGCUGUUGAUUUGGCGAGGGUGAUAAGUCCGGAUCAGGUAAUUACUUUAGAGGAAGAAUGGGGAGAUUAUCUCGUGGAAAGUAAACAAACGGAUGCUGCUAUUAGCCAUUAUAUCGAGGCUGGAUGCAGCCUGAAAGCAUUGGACGCCGCCAUCAUUGCUAGACAAUGGAAAAAGGCGAUACACAUCAUUCAGGUCGUCGAGGAACACGAAAGCCUGAACAAGUACUACUCCAUUAUUGGCCAACAUCUCGCAGACACAAAAGACUUUACUACCGCCGAAAAUAUGUAUAUGAAAGCAAAAUUAUAUAAAGAAGCAGUAGAUAUGUACAAUAACAGCGGUCAAUGGGAAAAAGCUCAUUUAAUAGCUUCACAGUAUUUGGAUAAAGAUGAAGUGGGUGAUAUGUACAUGAAGCAAGCUGAAAAAUUGGAAACUGAAGGAAAAUUCCGAGAGGCUGAAAAGUUAUACUUGGCCGUUGACUCUCCUGAUUUAGCAAUAACCAUGUACAAACGCAACGAACAAUACGAUAAUAUGAUUCGAUUGGUGGAAUUGUAUCAUCCGGAUUUGUUACCAACCACCCACAUGCAUUUAGCACAACAGAUGGAAUCUCAAGGCAAGCACCGGGCAGCAGAAAUUCACUACUUAGCUGUUGGAGAAUGGAAAGCAGCCAUGAACAUGUAUAGAACUUUAAAUAUGUGGGAAGAAGCUUACAGAGUAGCAAAACAGAACGGUGGAACUGUAGCUGCUAACCAAGUAGCAUUCCUUUGGGCCCGCACUUUACCAAUAGACUCAGCUAUCAAACUUCUCACAAAAUUUGGUAUUCUAGAAUCUGGUGUAGAUUACGCAUGUGAAACUUACCAAUACGAUUUUGCGUUCCAACUUUGUAAAAAUCUACCAUCGAAGAAAAACGAAGUACAUUAUAACUAUGCUAUGUCUCUAGAAGAUGAUGGAAAGUUUAAUGAAGCUGAAACCGAAUUUAUAUUAGCAGGAAAACCGAAAGAGGCAGUAAUGAUGUACACUCAUGCAAGUGAUUGGCAAAGCGCAAUUAGAGUAGCUGAAACUCACGUUCCUGAAGCUGUUUUAGAAGUGUUGAAAACGCAGGCAGUACAAUCGUUUGCUCAAAAGAACUUUUCAGAGUUUGAGUCAUUGCUGUUGAGAGCUCAAGCUCCUGAAUUGAUCGUUCAGAAUUAUAAAUCGAACGAGAUGUGGUUGGAUGCUUUACGCGUCUGUAAAGAAUAUUUACCAAAUCUGCUCCCUGCACUUCAAACUGAAUAUAAUAAUAAAACUAAGCAACAUAAUACCGAUAGUAAUAUUACAAUGGAAUCUAUAUUGUCUAAAGCGAAUGAAUUGGCUUUGGCUGGGCAACAUAAGCAAGCUAUUGAAUGCUUGCUGCAAGUUAGCACUGAUAUAACUGAACCUGAAAUAGUUACUAGAGCUAUGCUAAGGGCGGCCGAUAUGGUUAACAAGUUCCUAUUUGGUGGUGAAAGUGAAGAUAUCAUCAAAAUAUUAGCACCUAGAUUGAGAGAUAUGGGAGAAUACAGCUCUGCCGCUCAACUGUUCAUCAGCGCUGAUUUGGUGAAAGACGCCGUUGAUUGCUUUAUCAUAAUUGAAGAUUGGAAGAAUGCGAAGAAAAUCGCGAAAGAAUUGGAUCCUUCUUUGAUGAAUUACAUCGAAGGCAAAUAUAAAGAUAGAUUAACUAAAGAAGGGAAUAUAGAACAAUUGGCCGAUGUUGAUAUUAUGGGGGCUUUGGAUUUGCUAGCAGAACAAGGUCAGUGGGUGAGGUGUAUCGAGAAGGCAAAAACUUUUGGGGGUGUCGUACUGUACAAAUACGUGGCUCAGUAUGCCUCACAAUUGUUGAGGGAUGGAUUUACCCUCGAAGCACUCAGUUUAUUUUUAUCACACAGCGCGCCGCCGACGCCACAAAAUUUCAAUAUUUACAAUCGGAUUGCGGCCAAUAUCUUCUCAAUGCCCAACAUUUCUGGUCCAGAUCACUACAACACGUGGGUACAGCUUAGGCAAAUGCUUCUAGAAUUGGUGAACGGAAUUGAAGUAGCUCCAAAUAUUGAUAUGAAAAUCAAGAUCCAUUUCCAAACGGUUCUAUUGAUUUCGCAUUAUUACGGGUUGAGAUGCGUUUGCCGGCAGGUGCAGGUGCUGAAAAACAUCGGGAUGAAGAUUUCCGUAGCUCUCCUCCGGUACACGGACAUAAUUCCAGCGGAUAAGGCUUUCUACGAAGCGGGUAUCGAUCUGAGGGAGGAAGGUCGAAAUUCUGAAGCGUUCGUGUUUUUAAACCAUUAUUUGGACAUAUGCGAGGCCAUCGAAGAUGGCGAGAACCAGCUCAUUGAUCACACGGAUCUGGGUCAGACGGACUUCCCAUCCAAUGUCCCGAUCCCCGAAGAGAUGUUCUUGCACGACGAAACCGACGAGCAUGAUCGCAUUAGGGAAUGGGUUUUGGCAAUCAGCAUGGAUCAGAAAGUUGAUCAGAAUCUGCCGAUGGAUGAGAGGAGGCUUUACGAAUCCAGCUUGGAGGCGGGCCAAAGCCCGUGCAUCGUAUCCGGUUAUCCUGUGAAGAAUCCGGCCGUCUCCUUUAUGAAUUCAAAUUACACAGCUAAUAAGGAUAUGUGGUCGAAGCUGACGAUGGCUGCUAAAAUGUAUCCGGAAACCAAUAUCUCGGAUGCCAUCACCUUCAUUCAGCAGUGGUGCGGAAACAGCACUUUGUUGGAUUGAAAUGUUGUAAUUUAUAUCCGUGGGAUGAUUUAUUUUUUUGUAGUAAAUAAAAUGUUGAAUCGAUCUUUCCCAAAAGGUUACAACUACCACCACACACUUCAUUAAU